UCGUAUUAACCCCCGGCUGCGAUGCUCUGCUGUCUCCGCAGGGGCCGGUGACGCUCUGCAGACAUGGCCAAACGGCGGCGCGAGAAGGAGGCUCCUCCCGCCGAGCUGGACUUAACCCCUUUCUCCCUGCAUCUCCUGAAGAGGGCCCAGCUCCAGCAGCACUGCAAGAGGCUGGGACUAGGUGGUAGAGGAAAGAACACGGAUCUCAUCCAGAGGCUGCGGGAUCACAUCAAACAGACGCUACCUGCUGAUCCGGCGUCUCCGGUCGCUCCGUCCCCCGAAGAGCCGGACGAAUCUGCGAAGGAGCCGGCAGAGCGUCCCGGCUGGUGCGUCGUCCACGGCCUGCGGCUGACUACGGCUCGAUGGGUUCAGCUGACUCUUCGCUGCGGCCGCGUCUGCGUCCCCCACGGGGGCUCCUAUGUGCCCCUCCACCUGAUCCCCUCAUCCUCGCCCACCCCACCGGACCUCCAGGACAACCUGAUCUGCGGGGAGUGCGAGGAGAGGAAUCAGAAGAAGGAACUGCGUUGCCAGCAAAAGUCCAACUCUCAAGAUAAGAAUAACCCCCAUAAUGGGCAAGUGGGGAAUUCUGACAUGAAGAGUACGUCCCGAUCCCGCAAUAAAUCCGGCCGCUUCCAGCCUCAGGAGGAUCCGGAAUACGCUCGCAGGGUGGACGAGCUCCUCGGUAAACUGGCCACCGGGCAGGUCGACUCGGAGAAGGUCCUGCAGCCGGUCUGCCCCGCCGUCAUCCACUCCCCCUUCGGGAAGCAGGAGGUCAGCCCUCUGUCCAUCAGCCGCGUCCCGGGGCCGCCCCUGCACUAGGGGGCGCUGUGCUGUUAACAGUUUAUAUAAGAGAGGCAAAUAAAUGAUUUGUUUUUAUGUC